AUGACAUCAGAAGAAAACGUAAACUACAACUCAAUGAGAUCAAAUUCACAUUCAUCACAGGAUAAAAAAAGUGUUGAACAUAAUUCGAAUGAAAAAGUUUUAAAAGAAGAUGAAUCAGAAGUAGAAAAAUUAAGACGAUUAAUUGCACCAUUAUCUAAAGAACAGUUAAUAGAUAUAUUAGCUACAUGCGCUUUAACUCAUCAAGAUAUACGUGAAAAGUGUAACGAAGCAGUAGCGUCAUCACCUUCAACAAGAAGGCUAAUGAUCAGAAAUAUUCCAUUUAGUACAAGAGAUGACCAAUUUUUAAAAUAUUUUGAAGCUUUUGGUGAAAUUGAAGAUGGUAUAAUAGUUAGGGAAAAAGAAGGUAGAUCGAAAGGUUAUGGUUUUGUUACAUUUAAAUAUGUCGAAUCUGUUCAGAAAUGCCUAAAAAGUAGUCAUACAUUAGAUAACAAAGAAUUACAGGUACGUUUAGUAGCUGACCCUUUUACAGAUCAUUAUCAAAAUAAAUUAUUUGUUCGAAAUUUAUCUCAAAAAACGAAUGUUGGUACAUUACGAGAUAUUUUUGAAAAGUAUGGUAAAUUGGAAGAAUGUGUUAUAAUACAUGAUAAUGAAGGAAAAUCAAAAGGUUAUGGUUUUUUAACCUUUUCUUCACCAAAAGAAGCUUUUAAAGUUAUGCAACAACCUGAACGCAUUAUUGAUAAUAGAGUAGUUUUCUUACAUUUUGCUGUGUCCCAGAAUUAUAAAAAAUAUCAGAACAAUCAAAAUUAUAUAAAAAAAAAUCAAAAUUAUAAUUAUUAUCAAAAAAACAAUAUGAAUAAUCGUAACAAUUUUGUUAGAAGAGCACCAGUGUAUCAUCACGAUAAUGAUUCGCCAAAUACUUUUAAUUAUCCGGUAUCAUUUGUUCCAAAUGUAUAUACGAAUGUUCCACAGGGGUAUCAGCUGAACUAUCCAGGUAAUAUGGAUUCUUUUAAUGCCUUCUAUAACAAUCCAAGAUAUUAA